AAUCAGGAGUACAUUGGUGGUUCACUGCUCUGCAUCCAAACCUUAGCUACAAAUACCAAGCACUUACUAUGAAUUGAGCACUGGGCUGAUUUAUCUGAUUUAAUCUUCACACCAACCCCAUUAGGUAAGUACUUUUACCCUUGAGGAAAUUUUAAUCCCAGAGAUUUUAAGCAACUUGUCCAAGAUCACACAACUAAUAAGUGAUAAAAAGAUUUGAACCCAGAUCUGCCACUUAACAAGCUGUGGCAAGGUACUUAGGCUCUCCUGUUUCUUCAUUGGUAAAAUAGUAACAGGACCCACCUCAUAAGGAUGUGAGGAUUAAAUGAGAUGAUGUGUAUAAAGCAUUUAACAUAGGACCUGAUAUGGAGUAUAUGUUCCUUUAAUAACAGCUAUUCUUAUUAUUUUCAUAAUGCCCUAACUAGCCUAGAACUGCAGCCUUACCCCCAAGUUCCCUCAGCCUCUUAAUCUUCUCCUAUGCUAUGGUCCAACCUCAGUUCCUGCUACAGUCUCCAUUUCUUCUCGGUAACUGCAGACACCUGCUUUGUGAAGCCCUCCAUCUAUUCUAGGGGAUUGGAAGAGUAUGAAAGCUAUUCUCAAAUAUGCAAAGACUCAGAAGAAAACAAACUUUUAUCACGAAAGACUGGAAGGCAGAAUUAGGGAUAAUGGAUUGAGGGUCGAGGGAGGGAGAAUAUGGGUCAAAAAGGAAGAUUUUUUUUUUUUUGGAUGAUGAUUUUUACUGUCCCCAAAUGGGAGGAUUUCCUUGUCAGCCUCCUAUCAAUGAACGGUUUCGAGCAGAUGACCUCUGGUCCAAGCUGAUGUGUGUACAUGUGUGUUGUGUGUUGUGUGUAUAGGUUUACAUAAAUAUGCACAUAUAUUAACCUGACAAUUGUAGAGUGUUAAUUAUGUCACACCCAAUGAUAAGUGCUUUGCAUGGAUUCUCUUUAUUUAGUGCUCACAACAGCCCUAUGAGAGAGGGACGUGCUGCUGGGUUCCAAUUCUGACUUCGAAACUUACUAGCUGUGCCCUGGGACGGUCACUAACCUCUGUGUCUCAACUUCCUCAUACACAAAAUGCAAAUAACAAUACCUACCUCGAAGGCUGCUGUGCAGUUUAAAUGGAUUAAUGAAAUGCUCAGAGGAGAACCUGGCAUAUGUCGUCCAGGUUACGGGGCGCUAACGUGGGGAACGACUGGAAAGCAGCUAGAGAGGCAGGCUUUGAGGUUGCCAAGGAGCGGCUGGCGGCUGAUCUUCCGUUUCCGGUAACUGAGGCACGAGGAUCCGGCGUUCCAACCCAGCGGGAAAAUGCGGCCUCUGACUGAAGAGGAGACGCGAGUAAUGUUUGAGAAGAUAGCAAAAUACAUCGGGGAGAAUCUGCAGCUGCUGGUCGACAGGCCCGACGGCACCUACUGUUUCAGGCUGCACAACGACCGGGUGUACUACGUGAGUGAGAAGAUUUUGAAGUUGGCCGCCAACAUCUCCGGUGACAAGCUGGUGUCGCUGGGGACGUGCUUCGGAAAAUUCACGAAGACCCACAAGUUUCGGUUGCACAUCACGGCUCUGGAUUACCUAGCACCGUACGCCAAGUAUAAAGUGUGGAUAAAACCUGGAGCAGAGCAAUCCUUCCUGUAUGGGAACCAUGUGCUGAAAUCUGGACUUGGUCGAAUCACUGAAAAUACUUCUCAGUACCAGGGAGUCGUGGUGUACUCCAUGGCAGACAUCCCUCUGAUGAUACCUGUUGCUCCUGUAAGACGUGAGGGGCAACACCUGUUUCAACAGACCUCUUUCUGCCCAGUGCUACAGCUUAGGAGAGCGAAGCACAGCAUGGAAGUGGGUGUAAAAAUUUAAAUGGAUGAAGAGUGAGCAAGAGACAGUGGCCAAACCCCUCCACUGAUAAUCCUCCUCAUUCUGCUACCUUCCACCUGACUGAUAUAAUCAUCUAAAGCUAUCCAAAAUCCACUUAAAGACUAUUAUAGGGACUUCCCUGGUGGCGCAGUGGUUAAGAACCUGCCUGCCAGUGCAGGGGACACAGGUUCGAUCCCUGGUCCAGGAAGAUCCCACGUGCCGCGGAGCUACUAAGCCCGUACGCCACAACUGCUGAGCCUGCGCUCUAGAGCCUGCAAGCCACAACUACUGAGCCCUCGUGCCACAACUACUGAAGCCUGCAUGCCUAGAGCCUGUGCUCUGCAACAAGAGAAGCCACAGCAACGAGAAGCCCACUCACCGCAACGAAGAGUAGCCCCGCUUGCCGCAACUAGAGAAAGCCCACAUGCAGCAACAAAGACCCGGUGCAGCCCCCAAAAAUAAAUAAAUAAAAAGACUGUGUUCACCCAUGAUCUUUCUUUUAUCUGUGGCUUCUUCAGCACCACAGGGGGAAAAAGGCUGACUUCAUGGCAGAGACAUUUACAUGCAUCUUAUUUUAUUCU